AGUAUAUAAAUUCAUACAUUUAAAAUAGUAUUAACAUCUAAUAAUUUAAUAUUUACAUCGUCUUUCUUACAAUUUGCAUAUUCUACAUGCCUGCCUCUUCAAUCCAUCCUAUUUCUAUGAUAUAGGUUGUUGCUCCUACAAAGGAACAAGUGAGGAACCCAAUCCUUGAAAAUCUUUGUGGAUUGAACAUGAAUCUCUCUUCUGCUAUCAGAAACCCAAUAACUCCUGAAAUGAUCGUUGUGAAUCAAGAACCAAUGGUUGGAGACAGCCACCUUGAACGUAUAAUCUCUAGCCAUUCCAUGGAGUUGGUUGAACCUAUUAUUGAAGUGACAAGUUCAAUGAAGGAGCAGGAGGUGAAAUUCCCCAUAACAGACAACUUGAUGUCAUUCACUUACCGAAUAGAAGUGUAUGUGGUGCGAGGAGCUCUGUGCCAUGGCAAUUUCCAAGCCUUCUACUUUGUGCAGCAGUGGCUGGGUUCUUACUGCAACCAGAGGGGCACCAGAUGUUGCUACCCACCCACUGGGAAGCCAACCCCCGACUUCACCAUCUAUGGUCUCUGGCCUUAUAACUCCGACGGCAGCUUCCCCGACAAUUGUCCCGGCGACAGUUUCAAUGUCGCUCCGCUUAAAGCAAUGGAGGACAGCGUGCAGAAGGCUUGGCCAUCCUUCACAUGCCCACUGAUAGGGAGGAAAUUCUGGCUACACGAGUGGAACAAAUACGGGACUUGCUCAAUGUCCGCGGUGCUCGAGCUGCACUACUUCGAAUCCGCAAUCGACCUCAAGAACAAGAUCAACAUCCUCCAAGCGCUUGCGAAAGCUGGAAUCCGGCCGAACAACAGGUUUUACCCUCUCAAGUCCAUAAAGAAGGCGGUCGAAUCGGCGUUCGGGUUUCACCCGUGGGUGAACUGCAACCACAACGCGAACGAGGAGAGCCAGAUUUGGAAGAUCACAUUGUGUGUGGAUAGGAGUGGCAAGAAGCUUGUGGAUUGCCCGUUUAUUCCCAAGGGACGAAUCGAGUGCGCGACCGAGAAAGCUGCUCAGGACAAACCCUUUACAUCCACGCAUGGCUAUGCUACCAGGAGCAAGGCCAGGAAGGAAAAUGCAUCCCAAACACUCAAGGAGUGGAAGAAUUUGCAGAAUGCAUUUCUAACAGCAAUCUCAUCUCUCUUGAUCCACAGGGGGGCUUAUUCACCUGGUCUGGGAUUAGGAGCCAAGGAAGGACUUGGAGGAGACUGGAUAGGUAAAGCCAAUUCCACAGGUCCAAAAUCUUUUAGGUUCAUUAAUGCUUGGACUCUCCAUGACUCCUUUCACACUCUGGAAUUCUUCAUGGGUUUGCCAAUUCCAAGAGCUUAUGGCAGCACUUACUUGACACUUAUUCCAAAAUCAGAUAAUCCAAGAACUUUUGAUGAUUAUAGACCUAUAUCCCUCUCCACUUUCAUGAGCAAAAUCAAUACCAAAAUCCUAGCAGGCAAGCUCAAUACCAUCCUUCCUAAGCUUAUCUCUAAGGAACAAGCAGCCUUCCAGAAAGGUAAGUCCAUUGAUGACCAUAUCCUCAUGGCACAGGAAGCAGUCCAUCUCAUUGACAAAAAGACUUUUGGGGGUAAGCUAAUUCUUAAGAUGGAUAUGGCAAAAGCAUUUGACAAACUGGACUGGGAGUAUCUCGAAGCCUUACUACAAUCAUUUGGCUUCAAUCAACUUUCCACUUCUCUGCUUAUGGCUAAUCUUAAAGGAAGUUUUUUCAGCAUUCUUCUCAAUGGGAAGCCAGCAGGAUAUUUCAAAAUGGAGAGGGGUGUAAAACAGGGAGACCCACUCUCACCCCUCUUAUUCAUACUUGCAGCAGAUGGUUUCAGCAGACUCAUCAACCACCAGAUGAACACACAACACCUCCUCAGAUUCAAUUAUGGUCAGGUCCCUUUCCCCUCCCACCUUAUUUAUGCUGAUGACAUUAUGAUCUUUUCCAGGGGUGAAACUAGAAACCUGCUCAAGCUCAAGGUCACUCUAGAAACUUACCUUAAAGCAUCUGUAACACCCCAAUCCGUAUAACCCGGAAUUACACGAAUUAAGGUACAGACCUGGAAAUCAUCGGCCGAAACCUUACGGAUGAGCGGGAGUGGAAACAACAUCGAAAUUUGCCAACUUUGUCAUUUCCGUCACAAUUGGAAAGCCUGCGGUACAGACCUGGAAAUCAUCGGCUGAAACCUUACGGAUGAGCGGGAGUGGAAACAACAUCGAAAUUUGCCAACUUUGUCAUUUCCGUCACAAUUGGAAAGCCUGCGGUAUUUUGGGCAUAU